GUAUACUUUGAUUAGUUGUUAUUAAAACAUACGCUUUCAAGUUGUACACGGAUUUCAAUGAUUCUUUAAAAACUCAUAAGACAAUGUUGUACCAAAUUUAUUAUUAUAUUUCACGUUAAACGCUACAGUGCAUUCAGAACUGGUUUUAUAACUUAUCGUUUCUUCGUUAUUUUUCUCCGUUAAGGCUAAUUUUCUACUUUAAGUUGUUUAAUGAAUAUAGAAAUUUUUGCGAUUUUAUUAUGUGAGAAUAAAAUUUCGCACUUUUUUUUUUUUUUUCAUUCAUUUCGUUUUUUUGUUUGUUUUGAAAAUUAAAUGACACAGCAUAUAAAUGAAAUAAAAAUUUGACGUAGUUCCUGCUUAAUCUUGUGAGUAAAACAUGCUUAUCGGAGGACAACACCUGGUAUAUUUAGUCUGUUGCAUGUUUGCAACGGUAUUUGACUCAAGUAAAGCCAUUGGACUGACUUCACUAAUAGCUUCCUGUCACUGCGUACAACUUAAAUACUGUGAAUACUUAUCAAAUCUCAUUGCUUCUACUUCAAAUUACACCAAAAUUAAUACAAUAAUCAAAGGAUCAAUAUGCCAGUUGAACGGGGAAGAAGUCUAUGUGUGUUGUCCCAAAGACCAAGUGCACAAAAAUAAUGCUAGAAAGAAAAUAAAACUGAAUUAUAUGGAUGAGAAGACCGGCCGCAAUUGCCCGCCCACUUUUGGUGACGAAUAUGACUACGAAGCAUAUUUACGAGCACAAGAAAUCAACGUUCCGUGUGGUGAACGGGGGAAUUGUGACGGGAAAAGUUCCCAAGAAAGUAAUGAAAAUCCAGUUUUAAUUUUGCUACUACUUCACCUUCAUAGUUAUCAUAAAAAAGCGAUUGAUACGUCCCAGGGGCAUGGCGACUUGCCGAUACCCCCUAAACAUAAUAAACAUCUGGCACCAGAAAAUGGAUGUGGACUCUUGCCAACCGCUCGAGACGAAAACUCUUUAUACCCUUGGAUAGUAAAACUGGCUUACUUGAAUAUUACUAGUCGGACAAUACGUUAUCGUUGUAUGGGCACGAUCGUCAGUGAUGAACACGUCUUAACGGCCGCUCAUUGCGUGGAGAAUUUAGUGGACGACCUUAGAUUAAUCUACGUCCGCGUUGGUAACGAGACGAGCUAUACGGAUGUGCGAAUUGUAGAAACGUUAAUUCAUCCCAACUACAAUGAACCGUUGUUCAACAACGACGUGGCCUUAUUAAAAUUAUCUAAGCCGCAUGAUGUAAACGAAUCUUUUAAAAAGAUUUGCUUACCGCAAUCUGAUAUCCAAUCUUUGGCGGGCAAUAUAGGCUUAGUGGUUGGUUGGAGAGAUAGCAACCGAAAUGCAAGUGGCUUAACAGGAACAAAUAUGCGUUACAUUAGCUUAUCCAUUAUGAAUAAUACGGAAUGUGCUAUCCGUUAUGCGCAAUACAGUGAGAACUUUGAGGACAGUAUCGUGAUAACACCGACCGAGUUUUGUUCGCAAUCUCGGACAAUGAAUGAUGUUUGUGAAGGUGAUAGCGGCGGUCCUUUUAUGUCGAUCAAUAGUUUUAAUCGCUGCACGCUGGUGGGAAUUGUCGCUUUUGGUCCCAGCACUAAUUGCGGCCAAUCCAAUCUUCCAGGUGUUUAUAUGCGCAUUAGCUCUUACACCGAGUGGAUUACGAGUAAUAUUAAGAUAACAAGAAGUAAAUCGUAAAGUUAAAUAAAACGACCAUUAAUUGUCUUCACCUACUGCUCGUAUCUUAUCGUGUGUACCAUUAAUAUUAUUAGGCUUAUGACUUUAUCUGGCGCCAUUUUUAGUAAAAUUAAAUGCUUAAAAGCUGAAGAUAAUGGAAGGCGCGUUAUUCAAAAAACGUUCACUUUUAGCUAUUAUUUUUCGCGUGUUUCAGAGUCGAAAAGAGGUUGUUUUCCGAGUGUUUGUCAUGAGAAUGAACGCAUCGCUCACAGAAUCAUCAAAAGGAAGGAGCAAUACGCAAUGAAUAGAAGGAAGGACAUAUGUCAUUUCUUGUCUUUUGCUUUGUAUCCGGGUUGCGCCUCUUUUCAAACUUGUCCAAACAGACAGAAACUUGUCCAGAUAAAACAUAUUUGAAUGAAACUCCAUUUAACAACGAUUAUCUUAUUCUAAAAAUGUGGACAUAAAGCAAUUGGCGCGUUCUUAUCAUUAAUAUACUUUUUUAUAAAUUAGAUCAGUGUCUUCUUUAGAACGUCUCAACAUCUCUACGCAU